AUUACAAAUGCACCAUGUUGAAAUGAAAGGAUUAUUUAUUUCUGAGUCUCAUGCUGUGUGUAUGUUUAAAUGCUGCGGUGGAGGUGGACUGUAGCCCUGGGUACUAAGGCACUACUACACUUCCCACCCUUGUGCGCACACCUGCCUUGAUGAUGCAGCCUUCCCUGGAUAUCAAACCCUUUAUGCCCUUCUCUGUGGACAGCAGCUCUGCUGUUGGAUUCUUCCCAAAUUUUAACACAAUGGAUCCUGUGCAAAAAGCAGUCAUAAACCAUACCUUUGGAGUGUCCGUUCCCCCAAAGAAGAAACAAGUCAUUUCCUGUAAUGUCUGCCAGCUUCGCUUUAACUCUGAUAGCCAGGCCGAGGCCCACUACAAAGGAAGUAAACAUGCCAAGAAGGUCAAAGCACUAGAGGCAACGAAAAAUAAACCAAAAGUUGGGUCUUCCAAGGACAGCGCAAAGGCUAACACAAGCUGCUCUACGCCAGUCACAGCCAACAUCUCUGACAAAUCAGAAGACAAAGGGAAAGCAAAACCCAAUAGUGCAAGUCAGAAUUCCAGUACAGAAGUGGGUGCUUUUCUUCCAAAGCCUGGAGUGGCAGCAGCGGCACCUGUAACACCUGCGUCAUCCUCCAAGAGCACAAAUGGGGCUCCUAGCACAGUGUCUGAGUCAGAAGAGGAAAAGGCCAAAAAACUACUUUACUGUUCAUUAUGCAAAGUGGCUGUAAAUUCCCUGUCACAACUAGAAGCGCACAAUACAGGCUCCAAGCACAAGACAAUGGUUGAGGCUCGAAAUGGUGCUGGCCCCAUUAAGUCUUACCCUAGACCUGGAUCCCGGCUGAAGGUUCAGAAUGGCAAUAAAGGCUCAGGACUGCAGAACAAGACAUUUCAUUGUGAAAUCUGCGAUGUCCAUGUUAAUUCAGAAAUUCAACUUAAGCAGCACAUUUCCAGCCGAAGGCAUAAGGACAGAGUUGCAGGAAAGCCCAUGAAACCUAAAUAUAGUCCUUACAACAAACUGCAGCGCAGCCCAAGUAUUUUAGCAGCAAAACUUGCAUUCCAGAAGGACAUGAUCAAGCCUCUGGCACCUGCAUUUCUUUCCUCUCCGCUGGCGGCGGCUGCGGCAGUGUCAUCCGCUCUGUCCCUCCCUCCCCGUCCCUCCGCUUCCCUCUUCCAGGCACCGGCGAUACCCCCAGCUCUCCUCCGGCCGGGCCACGGUCCCAUCCGUGCAACACCUGCCUCGAUACUUUUUGCACCGUACUGAUUUGAUCGACGUAAACAGGAGAUAGCUAUGGCCAGUAGAAAGGGUGAAAGAAAAGCGAGCAAGGGGUCUUUCUCUUUUGAAAUGCCAUUUGGCGUGACACCUCAACCAACCGCACCAUAAAAGUCAUCACUGAUGGUACUGCAUUUGGAGUCUAGACAGCUCUCUUUCUCAGUCUCUCUCUCUCUCUUUUAAUCCAAAUAGACAGUGAUUUACUAAAAAUUUAAAUGCUCAUAAAAUUAUAUCAUUAAAGAUUCAUGUAUCUAUUAAUUAUUAUUUUUUGCAAUGUGUAUGACGCACCUUGGAAACAAGGAACGUAAAAUAUUUUCCUGGCAGACUUGAAAACUAGGGUCUUCCUCACUCACACUUAUGUAAAUAGCUCUCUGGAAACCAAUGGGAUAUAAUCUAGCGUGGAAAAAGAUAGAUCAGCCAAGUGCUUGAUCGUGGGUAACAUCUCAAAAACGAACUGUGUCCUUUUCUUUUCAAUGUGCUCUUGUUGACAGGGAUUGUAUACUGUCCUAGGCCCCAGUACUGGUGUAUCUUGUGUAGUACUAAAGAUGUA